CAUCUUGUCGACUUGGAGCCACUAUACCAGCCAUAUCAGCAGCCAAAGUUAUCGCGAAAGCGCUGAUGAGCUGCCAAAGUAUCGUUUAAAUCAUAGAGUAUAGUGCCAGCAAUGCCGAAAAUGCGAUUGGGGUGGUACGCCGGGGCAUCAACCGCCCUGGCAGCUGCUGUCGUCCUCUCAGCGUUUGAAAAACGGGCAAACUUCUACUCGGCUAUGGUAUACCUGUCACAAAGCAACUUUUGCUUGCUGGUUCUUGUCAACUUCUCCCUAAUUGUAUAUAGCGCCUUCAUAUAUGGACUUACAAAGCUCUGCUUUGGGACAUUGCGUACGGCGGAAGUUGAACAGCUCACGGAACGAGCGUGGUUUGCCAUUACAGAAACAUGUUUGGCUAUGACCAUCUUCAGAGACGAGCUAGGAGCUUGGUUUAUUGUCAUGUUCACGGCCCUUGUUACCGGAAAGGUAUGGGGCUGGAUUGGUGACGGACGGGUCGAAUUCCUCGAACAGCAACCACCGGCGAACCCCCGAUUGUUCCACGCCCGAUUGAGCAUAUCAUUGGCCAUGAGCCUGCUGUACAAUACUUGGAUAUUCCGGUACUGUCUCAAUACGGUUGUACAAGAGGCGAAGCCGAGCAUGAUGGUAAUGUUCAUGUUUGAAUUUGCCAUUUUGAUAGCAUGCUCUGGCAGAACUACUGUACGAUACAUGCUCUCGCUCUACGAACAGCGGGUUGUUAAGGCUCAAACCGCCACGAGACUCAUCGAGCGCCGCAGAGAAAUUCGACAAGAGCGGGCAACGCUGGAACAGGAAUUGGCACUCGCUGCCGCGAACAAUACAACACACCCUCGAGCAGGAGAACCUCUACCAUCAGAAGACGACAUUGACGAGAUCGACAUUGAAGUUCCCGGCUGGGCCGCCAAGGGUGAAUUGGUACUAUGGCUUGACCUCACGACCGAUAUCAUUAAGCUCGUUAUUUACGUAGCAUUCUUUGUUAUGCUAUGGUAUCUCUAUGGAUUCCCAAUCCAUAUUAUCCGAGACGUCCUUAUGACGGCCCGAGACUUCCUCAAGCGCCUCAACGCCAUCAUCCGAUACCGCCGUGCCAUCCAGGAGAUGAACAGAUACCCCGAUGCCACGGAGGCAGAGCUGGCUCAAGAAAACACCUGCAUUAUCUGCCGCGAGGAGAUGCGUUUCUGGGACCCCAAUAACAAUGCCGGAGCAGUUGACCGCGUCAGACCCAAGAAACUGCCUUGCAACCACAUCCUGCAUCUUGGAUGCCUCAAGAGCUGGCUCGAGAGACAGCAAGUAUGCCCUACAUGUCGCAGCCCUGUCUCUCUUGAUCGUAACCGCCAGGGACAGCCCGGUGCAGCACAAGCAGGCAAUGCUCCAAACGCUCGCCAAAACGGCCAGCCAGGAGUCAACCCACAGCCCCAGGGUGCUGGAAGAGUCUUUAACAUUGGCCCUAUUCGCCUUGGUUUUGGUGCAAAUGGACAACAAGUUCAAAAUAUUGCACAGCAGUUUGGUCUUCAGGCACCGGCACCGGCACCGGCACAACCUGCUCCUGGCACCGCUGCACAGCCACUCCUUAACGGCACUGUCUCAAACCUCCAGCAAGUAAGUGACUUGCUGCAGCAGGCUACACAAGUGGUUCAACGUGAAGCCAUAGCCCUACAGACUACACAACAGGAGCUGCAGCUCGUAGAGCUUCUUGUAGCUGAACUCAACAGGCUUCGCAUGAGACGCAAUCAGGCAGGCGCUCCGGGCCAGGCAAACAUCCCCGUUCAAACGCAAGAUCCAAACCUCGCCGCUCAGCUCGGCCAGAAUCGGUUCCAAAAUCUUCCCACAUUCCCCCCAGCAGUCCCCAAUAUGGCGGGUGUACCUGGAAUAGCUCCUGUUGUACCUCCCACAGGCCCGACCAUGGUCCGCCAUGGAACAUUGCCAAAUUCGAGAGCUAUUCCAGCCGGCAGCCCUGAUCUCCCAGAAGGCGUUGUCAUCCCCGAAGGAUGGUCUCUGCUGCCUGUGCAGCGUAUGGAUGGCGGACAGGCUCGACCAACUGAUGGCCGUAGCGUGUCGUCUUCGCCAACCCGUCCACCUGAGCGCCAGCGCAGCCAGACACCAAACCCAUUCCGUAUCCCGGAGACAAGUGUAGCGCCAACACCGACGACGACGACGCAGGUGCCAACGCAAGCGCCAACCAGCGGCCCGGCAUCGGUUGUUGCACCGAACCCAACGCUCCCUAACUGGGGAGGCGCAUCGCAGCUGUUUGCGAGCGGCUCAGAGCUCAACUCCCGCACUGCUCGUCAGAGACUUGGGCGCCCUGAAGUAGCAGGCGAAUCAGCCAGCUCCGGUGCAGCAGGUCCUGCUCGUGAUGCUGCCCCCCCAAAGCCGACUAAAGCGGCUGUUGAGUCUAGCGAAGAAGAAGAGGAAGAAGAAGAAGAAGAAGAAGAGGAAGAGGACGAAUCCGAGGAGGAAUCUGAUGAAGAGGUCAUUUCAUUCAAGGCGAUGGGACGUGCAACAACGGUAGAAGAAACAGAAGAUUCAGAGUAGCGUUUGGUAACUUGGAGCGUAUUUGACUAAUAAUAGAACUAUAUGACUAUCAAACAUGAAUAUGACGAUGCUUAAAACAAUAUCGAGUGCUGGGAACUGCUAUAAUACAUGAGAAAUAGACAAGAACAUAAAAAAAGAAGAAGGCUAGAGCACAGGUAUGCUACUGCGCGUCUGAUGAUUUAGAAGUUGAAGCUGCUGUCGUUGAGGGUUGUACAGGGGAAGCCUCUACAGGCUCAGACUUGACGGGAAGCUCAGAGCCAAACGGUAAAUCGCGAGAUGGCAUCUCUGCCGCAGCAGCCUCGAGCUUACGCAAGAGUUCAUCGGACUGCUGUGUCGCUAGCAUCUGCAGCUGCUCAUUGGGGUU